UCUUUCCUUGGUUUGGCUUGGAUAUCGGAGGGACCUUGGUCAAACUUGUUUAUUUCGAACCAAAGGACAUCACGGCUGAAGAGGAGGAGGAGGAAGUGGAAAAUCUCAAAAGCAUCCGCAAAUACCUGACCUCAAACGUAGCUUACGGAUCGACAGGCAUUCGGGACGUGCACCUUGAACUGAAGGACCUUACCCUGUGUGGACGUAAAGGCAAUCUGCACUUUAUACGCUUUCCUACUCACGACAUGCCUGCUUUUAUCCAAAUGGGAAGCGAGAAACACUUCUCGAGCCUCCACACUACCUUAUGUGCCACGGGAGGUGGAGCGUACAAAUUUGAGCAGGACUUUCGCACAAUGGGUGACCUUCAGCUUUGUAAGCUCGAUGAACUCGAUUGCCUUAUCAAAGGAGUGUUGUACAUCGAUUCGGUGGGAUUCAACGGGCAUUCGGAGUGCUACUAUUUUGAAAACCCGACGGAUGCUGAGAGAUGUCAGAAGCUCCCGUUCAACUUGGAGAAUCCCUAUCCUCUCCUGUUGGUGAACAUUGGCUCAGGGGUCAGCAUUUUGGCUGUGUAUUCGAAAGAGAACUAUAAACGGGUAACGGGCACCAGCCUUGGAGGGGGAACCUUUUUCGGUCUCUGCUGCCUCCUCACCGGUUGCUCCACCUUUGAGGAGGCCCUGGAGAUGGCCUCCCACGGGGACAGUACCAAGGUGGACAAACUAGUGCGGGACAUUUACGGAGGAGACUACGAGCGGUUCGGCUUGCCAGGCUGGGCCGUGGCGUCCAGCUUUGGGAACAUGAUGAGCAAGGAGAAGCGGGAAUCUGUCAGCAAGGAGGACCUGGCCAAGGCGACGUUAAUAACCAUCACCAACAACAUCGGCUCCAUAGCGCGGAUGUGUGCGCUCAACGAG